AUGGGGUUUGUUCUUGUUUCGCCUGCCCCUGGGAUAACGCUUCACGCCUCUCUCCUUGCAGGGGGUUAUGAGCGCUUCUCCGCGGAGUACCCUGAAUUCUGUGCAAAAACCAAGUCCCUGAGCAAUGUGUCACCCCCAACCAGCGCCGAGCCCCUGGAUUUGGGCUGCAGUUCCUGUGGGACCCCCCUUCAUGACCAGGGUGGCCCUGUGGAAAUCCUUCCCUUCCUCUACCUUGGCAGCGCCUACCACGCCGCCCGGCGGGACAUGCUUGAUGCGCUGGGCAUCACAGCCCUGCUGCACGUCUCCUCAGACUGCCCCAACCACUUCGAGGGGCACUACCAGUACAAGUGUAUCCCAGUGGAGGAUAACCACAAAGCUGACAUCAGCUCCUGGUUCAUGGAGGCAAUCGAGUACAUCGAUUCGGUGAAGGAGUGUUGUGGCCGGGUCCUAGUCCACUGCCAGGCUGGUAUCUCCCGCUCCGCCACCAUCUGCUUGGCUUACCUGAUGAUGAAGAAGCGUGUCAAGCUGGAGGAGGCCUUUGAGUUUGUCAAGCAGCGCCGGAGCAUCAUCUCCCCUAACUUCAGCUUCAUGGGGCAGCUGCUGCAGUUUGAGUCGCAGGUGUUGGCCACCUCAUGCGCAGUGGAAGCUGUCAGCCCCUCGGGGACACUGCGGGAGCGGGGCAAGGCCACCUCCACCCCCACCUCCCAGUUUGUCUUCAGCUUCCCAGUCUCCGUCAGUGUCCAUGCCACCCCCAGCAGCCUCCCGUACCUGCACAGCCCCAUCACCAUGUCGCCCAGCUGUUAGCUCAGGGGCCGAGGCCAGCCAAGCAGAUAGGGCCAGGCGUGGAGGGGGCAGGCGGGCACGGAGCCCCGUGAUGUUAAGCAAUAGUGCCGGACACUGCCGUUCACCCUGGACUUGACAUCUUUUUCGUAGAGAAAUUUCUUACCUCAUCUUGGUUUAUUUUUUUGCUUUUUAAUUUUAUGUUUUGAGAGCAUGGAAGUUGUAAAAGCCACAAACCCUGACAUUGUCCAGGCUCUUUCGGGGAGGAAAAAAAAUAGUAUACUGGGUUUCCUCAAGUGCCUGGUCUUCAUCUCUUUCCAUCCCUAUUUUAUUGUCUUGUUUUUU